AUGUCGGCUGACCUGAGCUUCCACCACAAGCCCGUGGGCGACUUCCUCGACAGCAGCCCCGUCCCAUCCACCCCUGAAGGGUGGGCGCAGUUGGCUCUGGGCGAAGCCGAGCUUCGAGAGUUCGAAGAGAAGGGCUACCUGGCCAACGUGCAAAUCCUGAGCAGCGAGCAGGUGGAAGCACUGCUGGCGGAGCUGGAGCAGAUCAGGACCGGCGAGCAUCCGGGCCACCACCACUUCCACGAGUUCCACUCCAACGAAAGCCCCGACCCUUCGCUGGUGUUGAUGCACUGCCUGGGCGCCUGGCGGAUCAUGCCAGAUUUCUCGUAUUGGACGCGAACUGGGCCGAUGUCCCACCUGACUGUCCACAUUGCGCUGGACGACCAGACGGAGGAGAACGGAUGCCUCCAGUACGUGCCCGGGUCGCACAAGUGGCCUCUGCUGCCCAUCACCUCCCGCCACUUUGAUGACAUGGACUCGAUUCGCUCUGCUCUAGAACCUGAGCACCUGGCGCAGUUCAAGCCCCAGGCCAUCCUUCUCAAGAAGGGCCAGGCGGCAAUUCAUCACCCGCUGUUGGUGCAUGGCUCGUACGCGAACCAGUCCGACCAGCCGCGCCGAGCGACGGUGGUCAACGUCUUUGCCGAUGGCACCGCGUCCCUCUCCGAAGAGCCCCUACUGCGCGACGUGCCCGUCAUCCCGCCCGGCCAGCCGCUCACCGGCCAGUUCUUCCCAGUCCUCUUCGACGCCUCCAUCAAUGAACCAGACGACUGA